UCAGCUUCGGUCGCUAUUUAGACAGAGGCAUACACAUCUUCGUUGACCUGUCUUCAACAGAUCGUUCAUCUGGAACUCUGUUCUGUAGCAAGGUCUAAGAUGAUGAUAGCUCAAGGAUUGGGAAUAUAUGUGGUGGAGAGCAAAGGAGGAGCAAUUUUUUGUAUAUUGCUUUCUCUGCUCUGUUUAGGCACUUGGCCUGCUCUUAUGGCUCUUCUUGAACGGCGUGGUCGUCUCCCACAACAUACUUAUCUUGAUUAUUCCAUCACCAACUUCUUGGCUGCAAUCUUUAUAGCCUUUGUGUUUGGUGGGCUUGGUGAAAGUACACAUGAGGCACCAAGUUUCAUUACACAACUCACUCAGAUUCAAGAUAAUUGGCCCUCUGUGUUGUUUGCAAUGGCGGGUGGGGUGGGCUUAAGUAUUGGGAACCUUGCUACUCAGUAUUCUUUAGCUUUUGUUGGUCUGUCUGUUACAGAAGUGACAACUGCGAGCAUCACCGUUGUUGUAGGCACAACUGUCAAUUACUUUUUGGACAAUAGAUUGAACCGAGCUGAUAUUCUUUUCUCUGGUGUUGGCUGCUUCUUGGUAGCUGUUUGUCUUGGUUCUGCGGUUCACUCUUCCAAUUCUGCUGAUAUAGAGGCGAAACUCGGAAAACUCUCAGGGGAUUGUGAAACUGUGGAUACGGAAGAGUGCCAGAGACUAUUUGGAGUAGAAGAAGAAGAAAAAGAAAUGGAGAAUGUUAAGGAAGGGACUGCAGCUUUUCUUAUAGCACUCGAAAACACAAGAGCAAUUAAAGUGUUUGGAAAGAGCAUGGUUGUUGGUCUGGGGAUAACCUUCUUUGCAGGACUUUGUUUCUCAUUGUUCUCACCACUAUUCAACCUUGCAACAAACGAUCAAUGGCAUGGUCUAAAACAAGGCGUUCCCAAGCUGAUUGUCUACACCGCAUUCUUCUACUUCUCACUAUCUUGCUUUGUAAUCGCCGUCGCUCUCAACAUUAGUUUCCUGUACAAACCUGUGCUCGACUCACCAAGAUCUUCCUUUAAGGAAUACCUGAGUGACUGGAACGGAAGAGGUUGGGCACUUGCAGCUGGAUUGUUUUGUGGGUUUGGUAACGGUCUUCAGUUCAUGGGUGGACAAGCUGCAGGAUAUGCAGCCUCAGACGCUGUUCAGGCACUUCCUUUGGUAUCGACUUUUUGGGGAAUAUAUCUGUUUGGGGAGUAUAGGAGAUCAUCUCCGCGGACAUACGCUUUACUUGUUGGAAUGCUGGUGAUGUUCACUGUUGCUGUGGGGCUUCUAAUGGCCUCGGCUGGGGAAAGAGAGACGCGAUUUACCUAAAGAGUUCAUCGAUAUGGACAAAAACAUAGACGGUGUGGCUCUUCAAGAUGUGUUGUACAUUGUGGUUACUUCAAGUGAAAGAAAAUGUAAUACUCAGCUGUUUGAUAUUCGUUUAUAUAAGAAAUGAAAUGAAUACAGAUCAUAUAUUAGUAGUGGUUGGAUAGGGUUCCUUGUAAAUCCCCAAUGAUUGCAGAAAAAUUUGAGUUUCUUA